AUGGCCUCGUCGCGUGGAAACUGCGGGGACGGACUCGGAAUCCAAUCGUGUGAUGUCAAAGCCGGCAAAGCGCAAGUACGUGUGGCCAACCAGGCAUGUCGAAAGCCGGCCAUAAAUUGGGUCAAUCCCGGCAACUGGGAUCAGUGGAAUCCAUUGCACUUGAUCCAAUCAUUUCGCAUCACCGCCGGACCUGCUAACAGCAAAUCCGGCGCUAGUACGCGAUAG